CCUCGCUUCCCCGACCCCGGUCCCCGCAUCCCCGCCGUCCCGGCUCCAUCCCCGCUGUCCCGGUCCCUCCAUCCUCAUCGUUCCUGGUCCGUCCCCGCUGUCCCUUUCCAUCCCCGCUUCCCCGAUCCCGGUCCCCGCAUUCCCGCUGUCCCGGUCCCUCCAUCCUCACCGCCCCUGCUCCGUCCCCGCUGUCCCGGUUCCAUCUCCGCUUCCCCGACCUCGAUCCCUGCAUCCCGGCUCCAUCCCCGCUGUCCCGGUCCCUCCAUCCUCACCGUCCCCGCUAUCCCGGUUCCAUCCCCGGUGCCCCCGUCCCCGCUAUCCCGGUCCCUCCAUCCCCGACUCCGGUCCCUCCAUCCUCGCCGUCCCCGUUCCAUCCCCGCUAUCCCGGUCCCUCCAUCCCGGUUCUCCCGGUGCGGAUGCCCGGGAUCCCUUAGAGUGGCCCCGACCCGGAUGCGGAGUCGCCCCGCGGUGUGACCCUGCCAUGGACUGCAGCUGCGUCUCUGACCUCCUCCUCACCGCCCCGGUGCCCGCGCUCUGGACCCCAGGCUUCGCCUUUCCGGACUGGGCCUACAAACCGGAGUCGAGCCCCGGCUCGCGGCAGAUCCAGCUCUGGCAUUUCAUCCUGGAGCUGCUGCGCAAGGACGAGUACCGCGAGGUCAUCGCCUGGCAGGGAGACUACGGCGAGUUCGUCAUCAAAGACCCCGACGAGGUGGCGCGGCUGUGGGGCGUCCGCAAGUGCAAACCCCACAUGAACUACGACAAACUCAGCCGCGCCCUCCGGUACUACUACAAUAAGCGGAUUCUGCACAAGACGAAGGGGAAGCGCUUCACCUAUAAAUUCAACUUCAGCAAAGUGGUGUUGGUGAACUGCCCUCUGCUGGAGCUGCCGGGGGCGGCGCCGCUGCUGCUGCCCUUCCCCGGGGGGGGGCACGGGGGGGGCCCCGACUGCGCCCCCAUCAGCGCCGAGGCGCUGCAGUCGCUGUUCUGCCCCCCCCGCCCCGACCCCCCCGUGCGGGGCCCCCCCCUCUUCGAGCGGCCGGAGCCCGACAAGCUGCGGCUCGAGGCGAUGCCGUUCCUGGGCCCGGGGCUCCCCCCGCUGCCAAAGGCGCCGCUGUUGGGGGGUCUGGGGGGUCUCCCCGAGUGCCCCUGGGGUUGGGGUCCCUGCGUGCCCCUCUGCGCCCCCCCGCUGUGCCCCCUCCCCGCGGGGCUGCUGCCCCCCCCGGGGCCCCCCCCGGGCCCCCCCCCGGCGGGAUCCGGAGCGGGAUCCGGAUUGGGGCCAGAGCCCGGCUCGGAUUCGGAGCUGGAGGUGACGGAUGGGGGGGGGGGGGCCAGCUCGGGGGACGAGGGGGGGAGCCCCCCCCCCCGGCAAUGA